GCGGGGUUAAACUUCCUUUACAAUAAAAACCAUGGACUCCAACUAAGAAUACAAUCUUCGACGAAAGCAUGAACAUACUGCAGACGCAACAUCUCGCAUCCGACAUCGUGCGGCUGCUGUCAACUGCAGAGGGUCGAACCAAGGCGUACCGCCUUCUGCAGUAUGCUUCCAAAGCCCUCCAACUGGUGCUGCGUCGCGUGUUUCACGUCAACUCUGACUCUAGCGAGAGCAUCCGCGUACUCAAAGUGCUGGAAUAUCUCAUGGGCACUUGCCGCAAGGCCAUGCGACUCUUUCGAUUUCUGGACAUGUGGACGCUCUUCCCAACUGUCGUAGACAAGAACCCGUCGGUCCGCCGCCUUCGGCAAACUCGCAUCCUCGCGUUUCUGUGCAUGUUCCUCUUUGAGAACAUCUCGCUCUUCUAUCCCACCACAGAUGUGACAGUUGACGAUGGACAAGGCAAACGAAGGACGCUCGUUACAGUGCGUUGGAGUCGGUGGUGCCAUACGUGUUGGUUCGUAUCGCUGGUGCUAGGCGUCGGCCUCGAUCUCCACCUCCAUCGCCCCACCUCGAGACUCGCCAUGCUCAAAAACCUCACGGACUUGCCCAUUGCGCUUCUCUUGGCCCUCCGUAUCCGCGUUGAUGACGCGCUGAUGUGCGGCUUGAGUCUCUCCAGUUCUGUCAUGGGCAUGCAACUCCACUGGACCGGGCGGGCGUUGCACAGCAACGUCAAGCCGUUCGAAAGCGUAGAGUAAGGAGGCAGGUGUGGUAUUUAAUCUGAGUCAAGGGGUUUAUUCUUUUGCACUAGUACAAGUCAAAAGGACCACCGACAUAGGUGUCGACUUGGGUGUGGAUAAUCAUCGCAGCAUUGGUGACGGGGAUGGGGGAUUAGACGGGGGGUAACCCCAUAGCCUCCCGUAGUUCCAUGAUUUGCUUCCGCUGCUCAAAUGGCAGGCCUUGGAUUACUUCCGGGGCGAGAUUCUGCAGCUCUUCCAGCAGCUUCUGAUGUUCUGGGUCAAGGUUCAACCCUUUCGUUGACUGCUCUGGCCGCACAGUCGACGGCGUGUCGUCUUGGUUCAUGUUGAGGCGAAGUUGGACCUGAGCCAAUGCCCGAGCAAACUCGACGUGUUCGUUGAGCAUCUGCGCGGCUUCUUCGGGUUUGACUUCACAAAAGGUCUUCAUGUGAUACAUCAACUCGUACACAUCUGCCUCGCUCAUGUCUUCCACAGCUUGAGCAAACACUGGCACCGCCGCCGAUUCCGGCUGCGAUGUCUCCAUAGUAAGUUGUAUAAC